AUGACCGGGGCCGGCGGGGGCCUCCAGGCCUGGGGGAGCCUGGUGCUACUGGGCCUGUGCAGCUGGACAGGCGCCAGGGCGGCUGCCUCCAGCCCCGUCAGGAACCUCACUGUGGAGGCUCAGACCAGUAGCUCCAUCACCCUGAGGUGGGAGGCGCCUGGAGAUUCUGACCCUCAGGUCUACUGGAUCUGGUGGACUGGUGGCAAUAAUGCAACUGGGUCUCAAAACACAACAAAUACCAGUGUCACAGUGGAAAGACUUGAAGCUGGGACCUUGUACAAAUUCUCUGUGUGCGCAGUAAAGGAUGGACUCAAUUUCUCCUGCGUGCCUCUCAACGCCAGCACAGCCCCCAACACCGUCAGGAACCUGACUGUGGAGACUCAGACCAACAGCUCCAUCACCCUGCACUGGGAGGUGCCUAAUGGCCCUGAGCCUGAGAACUACUGGGUCCAGUGGACUGGUGAUGGUAAUGCAACUGGGUCCCAAAACACAACAAAUACCACUGUCACAGUGCAAGGACUUGAAGCUGGGACAUUGUAUGAAUUCUCCGUGUUCGCAGUAAAGGAUGGAGUCAGUAGCUCCUGGGUGCCUCUCAACGGCACCACAGCUCCCACCAAGGUCAUGGACCUGCAGAAGCAAAAUCAGACCAACAGCUCCAUCACCCUCCGGUGGGAGGCCCCUGCAGACCCACGGCCCCAGUUCUAUGUGUACUGGGUCCAGUGGGCCGGCAGAGGCCAUCCGCAGAGGACGCAAGAUCCCCAAGGACAGCAGGACAACCAGACCAGCAGGACCAACAGCACUUGCUACAUGGUGGAGGCACUGAUGCCCGGUACUCGGUACCGCUUCAGCGUGUGGGCCGAGAGCAACGGUGUACACGGUUACAAACAGAGCCUCAAUGCAUCCACGGCCCCGGAUCCUGCCAGCAUCAACUCCUGUGUCAUCACCUCGGGGGGCCACGAGGUCACCCUGGCCUGGUCCUGCCCCGAGGGAGGCUACGAGGCCUUUGAACUGGAGUUUGAGGGGCAGCCGGGCCCCCAGAACAGCUCCUCCUGCGGGAGUGCCGUGAAGGUGUCGUUACUCAGGCCGGCUCAGUCCUUCUCAGCCACCGUCACGACCGUCUGGGAUGAGAUGAGGGCCCCAUCUGCCUCGGUGGCUUGCCACGUGGAGAGCGGGCAUGCAGGGGUCAUUGCCGGAGCCGUGGUCGGCGUCCUCCUGUUGCUCGUUGUGCUGGGCCUGCUGGUCUUCUUCCUGAAGAGGCAUCGGGAGAGGGAGAAGAAAACUGCACCCAAGGAUCUGCAGAUCAGGUUCCCAGGGGACAUCCUGGCAGAAGACUUUGCCCAGCACGUCUGGAGAAAUGAGAGGGACAGCAACUAUGGCUUUGCCGAGGAGUACCAGCAACUGGCCCUGGAGGACCUUGGCCAGUCCCAGAUGGUGGCCUCAGCCCCGGAGAACAGCGCCAAGAACCGCUACAGGAACGUGCUGCCCUACGACUGGUCCCGCGUGCCCCUGCGGGCCCUUCUCGGACAGCCCGGCUCCGAGUACAUCAACGCCAGCUUCAUCCCCGGUCUCUGGAGCUCCCGGGAGUUCAUCGCGGCCCAGGGCCCCCUGCCGCAGACCGUGGGCGACUUCUGGCGCCUGGUGUGGGAGCAGCAGAGCCACACCCUGGUCAUGCUGACCAACUGCGUGGAGUCCGGCCGGGUGAAGUGUGAGCAUUACUGGCCUCUGGACGCCCAGCCCUGCACCCAUGGGCCCCUGCAGGUGACCCUGAUGGGGGAGGAGGUGACGGAGAACUGGACUGUCCGAAACCUGACGCUCUGCCAUGAGCAACAGAAGAAGACUUUGCCCGUGCGUCAGUUCCACUACAUGACCUGGCCAGACCACGGUGUGCCCCACUCCCCAGACCCCUUGCUGGCCUUCUGGAGGAUGCUCCGGCAGUGGCUGGACCAGACGGUGGGGGGCGGGCCUCCGAUCGUGCACUGCAGCGCCGGCGUGGGCCGAACAGGCACCCUCAUUGCUUUGGACGUGCUGCUGCGGCAGCUGGAGUCCGAGGGUCUCGUGGGGCCCUUUGGCUACGUGAAGAAGAUGCGGGAGAGCCGCCCGCUGAUGGUGCAGACCGAGGCCCAGUACGUGUUCCUGCACCAGUGCAUCCUUCGGUUUCUGCAACAGUCAGCCGCAGCACCGGCUCAGAAGGGGGCCACCUAUGAGAACCUGCUGAUGGAGAAUACAGCUGCUACAGAGGCCUAA